CAUGAUAUUUUCCGUGAGGGAAAAUUUUGCUGAAUACCGCGAAUAACCCAUCGCGCCCGUCGCAUGUACCGCUAUCGCAAGUGCAUGAACAUUUACGUGAUUGAGUGAUGCAACUGACGACUUUCCGACAAAUUUUCACAUUUCCCGUGAAUUUUCCACUCAAACCCAACGCGAAUUUAGUCCAGGAAGUUGCUAAAAAGUGGUUGAAAAUCCCAAAGAAUCCGUCAGUGCACGCGAAAAUGGUGCAGGAAAUGGAGAAAUUCCGUGGAGUUUGUUAGAAAAGUGAAUUGAAGUUUUUUUUUCCAUCGACGCCGCCGCCCUCCGCCCCAUUCUUGCACUCCCCGCACAGUUGGAUUUGUGUUCUUCCCCAAAGUGGCAGAAUAUGCGCCCCGACGCGCAGUCCACGUCGGUGCGUCGUCGUUGAGAGAUGUGAGAAUCGGGGGAAUUUACAAAAAAAAAUUAUUUUUAGUCUCGGUGAAAUUGCGGUGUUUUCUUUUUCCCAACUCUUUUGCAAUUUAAAGCGCAAUUUAUUGAUGAAUCAGAGGAAAAAAGUGUUUACCACCACCCCCAGAUUGGGGAGCGACAACACACCGUAGCUAGCAAAUCAUCCGGGAGAAAUUUUUGGCAUCUGCAACACUGUUUCCGGGCUAAAAAGCUUCUUCUACCUACACGUCGAUGAAUUCCCAACAAUAAAGCACCGAGGAUUUUAACACAAAACAUAUUCCAUUAACAUCCACACGGAGUGUUUGGGUGGUGUGAGGUGAUUUUAUUUUUAAAAGAAAGAAAAGAGAGAGAGAAGGAAAAUGCAUCUGCAUUUUGAGAGGUGCAUAAACACGAAAUGCGAUUGCUCUAUUCUCUCACUAUCAUGGAUGGGAAAGGUACCAGAUGAUAUACCUGAGGAUGAAGGAUGGAAAUUAAAUAGGACAAAUUACUAUCAAGAGGGAUGGUUGGCCACGGGAAAUAUCCGUGGGAUUGUUGGUGUAACAUUCUCAACGUCACACUGCAAGAAGAAUAUGGAAUUCCCACUGCGAACAAAUUACAAUUUGCGUGGUCAUCGUGCAGAAGUUAUCCUUGUGAAGUGGAAUGAGCCAUAUCAGAAGUUAGCAUCGUGCGACAGUUCCGGGAUUAUCUUUGUUUGGAUUAAGUAUGAGGGACGAUGGUCAAUUGAGUUGAUAAAUGAUCGCAAUACACCCGUAACGCACUUUGCGUGGUCACAUGAUGGACGAAUGGCCCUUAUUUGCUACCAGGAUGGAUUUGUGCUCGUUGGCUCCGUGGCAGGGCAGCGGUAUUGGUCAUCAAUGCUUAAUCUCAAUGCUACAAUUACGUGCGGCAUUUGGACACCUGAUGAUCAACAGGUGUACUUUGCAACAACUCAGGGUCAAAUGAUUGUGAUGGAUGUCCAUGGGGCGAUGGUGUCUCAGGUUCAAUUGUGUGCCGAUGUGGGGAUAACGGGGAUGUCGUGGUCGUGUGAGAAAUUCAAAAUGGAAGAGGGGGAAGACAUUGAGCCAGGUGUAACGAAUGCCUCAAAGAGAUCCUUUGUUCUAGCAGUGAGCUUCCAAAAUGGCUAUAUUUAUCUCAUAAAAUCCUUCGAUGAUGUCUCCCCAAUACGCCUUCGUACGGAUCUCCUGGGGAUUGUGAUGGAAUGGAGCAAUUCACGUGAAUUACUCGCCGUGGCGGGGACGUGUCAGAAUCUCUCGGAGUUCCUGGACACGCCCGCAAGUCCGGUGUAUGAGAAUUUUGUGAAAUUCUACACGGAAAAUGGGAAUUUGCUGUACAGUGCGCGUAUCCCCAAUAGCAGUAGUCCUGUGAGUGCUCUCACAUGGGGGCACAAUGAUAAGAGGAUUUUCAUUGCAACGGGGAAUCAUGUGCACAUUGCGUGGGUAUCGAGAAAAAUUGCCUCCCUUCAGCUGCUGUGUCGCCUUCAGAUUCAAAGUAGUUUACCAUCUGAGGCCUUCCUGGCGCGACUUCCACUUCCGUCACGAAUUAAAUCGCUCAUUGGAAAUCUUUUUGCUCAAACGAUACGCUGUUGUGUUCCGGAUGCAAAAUCCCUGAGGGAAUUUGUUUCUCGUCCUCCAGUUUGUUCCACACGACUACAUUGCACAAUGAUCCGUCACGAUGACGAUUCGAAUUUAAGCUCAGGCACGUGCUAUACGCUCUAUCUGGAGUAUUUGGGUGGGCUUGUGCCGCUCCUCAAAGGGAAACGUACCUCCAAGAUACGUCCGGAGUUUGUUAUUUUUGACCCACAAGUGGAGAGUAGUUCGAUAUUUUUUCCCUAUUCACCGGAUAGUAAAAGUUCAUCGGGGUCGAGUCAAUCGACCGGUGGUGGGACAACUACGGGUCGUUCGGAAUCAUCUGAGAGUGAUUUGGAUGAGGGAUGUCGUGGUUCGCCGCGUCUUCAGCGUCGUCGGAAGAUCCGCUCGAGGCGGAAAGGUGCGAAUAAUGCCCAAAAUGGAUCUGAUAAAUCCGGACAAAGUAAUGAGGGUGGUGCUGGGGGUGAGGGAAGUGAUGAAUUGGCGUAUGUGGACACCCUUCCGGAAGAUGUGAAACUCGUGGAGGUAACAUCCAAUAUUUGGGGGACUAAAUUCAAAAUUCACGGCAUUGCAAAGACUGUGCCGGCUAAUUUGGGUCAAGUAACGUACAAGACGUCUCUGCUGCAUCUGCAACCACGGCAAAUGACGUUGGUGAUUACAGAACUGCGGGAUGACUACCCAACAGGCCCAGAUCCUACCUUUAAUCCCAACAUUUUCAGCGAAGACGAGGAAGAGCAGCUGGUCUAUUCACCACCACCUGUGAGUCAGCCGCGACGUCUCAAGGAGGGAGCACCACCAAUUGCUCCCAUGUCCCCGAGACCCAAUAGAUUUACAACGAGACUCAAGAAUUUCUCCCCUCGCGGAGAUAUCGCGAAUUUCUCAUCGGCUGGAGCUGCAUUGGCAAAGGCAGAAUCGUACGAAGAGGAAUUCCCGUAUGCUGAUACAACGGAGGUGGCAGCAAGUUGUCAACCGGAGAAAAUUGUAACUUCCAUAGCAACCACCCGUCCGGGACCGAGCUACACAAAUCUCGUUACACCCUACUCACGGAGCUCCUCAAGUUCCGGGCAGUCACGUCAUGCUAUUUCCCCAUUGUGCUGCGAAGGAUCCGUGCCAACACUUCAAUCACCCAAAAAUGCCGUAGCUCCGAGUGAUAUCAUCUUCGAUCGUCCCCCGGCUGCACAGACAACCCUAAUGAGCUACUCCACGUCCACGGAUUACACCACAAAUGUCCAUCAAGUGAAGAGUGCUCUCAUAUCUGAGCCAUCACGCACGAAUUCCCACGUAAAUCCCGUUCCGUUGAAUCUCAAUCUCAAUCUCGAGCGCCUCGAGACGAAAGGGACGAAUCAGCAAAAGGAGAAUUUGGGGCGCUUUGGAAGGCGGAAAGAUUUGCAAUUUAUCGAUGAAGAAGCUCCGGCUAAUGAUACAUCCGGCCCAUCAACGUCCACAAUGCGAAGAACACCCACAGUGCUCUCAAUUGCUCCCGCAAUGUCCGAUGCCAUGACACGAAGCUGCAGUGUGGGGUAUUUGGAUUCUGUGGAAAUUGUUCCGUCUGAUUCAGCUCUACUCAUGCUCCGGAGGGAUACACCGUAUAAGAGACUGAUUCUCGUUGAUCGAAAACCCCGGAAAAAUCGAAAGAAUCACGAUGAUGUAAAUCGUCCAAAAUUGCAACAAAGUGGAAAAUCAAAGAGUUUGGAUUUUUGUGAUUUACAACAAAUUGCCGGGGAUUCGGGAAGAAAGGAGAAGCAAGGAGGAGGGGAGGUGGGAAACUCAUCGAAAGAUAGUGUUGUAGCAUCAAAGGCAUCUCCAAUGAAUUCAUUCAUCUCUCGUACACCAAUCCUCAAUAGGCGAGAAAAGCCCAAAAUGUGUUCUGUGUGCAAGCAGAUAACCCCCACUGUGGGUUCCCAUGAGAGUGUUUGCCUAUCGUGUCGCAAAUCUCCUGGGCAGCGUCAUGAGAGUCUCGUGAAUAACAAUGUUAGUGUCAACAAUAACUACAGUAUGGUUGGGAAGAGUAAAACUGGUGCAACACCCCGGAAAUAUUCUUCAGCUGGACAGGAUGGUGGUGGUGCUGGGGGGAAUUCAACCAAUAACAAUGGAUUAGAAAUUAGAACAAGUGCUGUGUUGCAGAAUAAACGUACAGAGGUCAUUACCAGCUAUACGGAUAGUCCACUAUUUUCCCGGAAGCACCGAUACAGAGAUUCCAACAGCAGGCAGGAAAAGUCCCCAAGUGCAGAGAGGAAGAAUAAUACGCCAAGGCGAAAGAAGAGGGAUGAUUCUUUGCGAUUCUAUGAUAAUGAUCAAGUGGAAAUAACUCCAGUGGAACAGAGAACUUCAAUGUCCCUCCAUACGCAAGCCCUGACAACUUUGGAAAGCAUCAUAAGUCGCCUGAGGGAUCUCGAUGAGGGCAGAUUCACGCCACCAUCGCCGCAGCAUACGAGUAAAUUGCCAAAGAGUAGUCCAGCAUCGCCGGCACCGAGUAAAAAGGGGAAAAGGCAUCAGAGUGCCUCACCCAUUAGGCAUAUCCUCAAUUCACCGCUCCUCAAUCGACGGCAACGGAAGAAGCAGCCCGCGGAGAGUUCGGACGAUGAACUGGGUCAGGGUGGCUCAGGGGAGGAUACCUCAUCUGGGGGGAAGCAGUAUCGUGACCUGGAGACAUUUCAGAAAGCGCAAUUGAGACAAAAGUUGAAACGUGGAAAAAUCGAACCGAAUGGAACGACAUCGUCUUCAACGUACUCCCAACCUGCACCCCUGAGACGGGAAUUUGUGAUGCACAACAAGGCACCCAUGUGGAAUGAAAAUAGUCAGGUGUAUCAAUUGGAUUUUGGGGGUCGUGUCACCCAGGAGUCUGCCAAAAAUUUCCAAAUUGAAUUUCGCGGCAAGCAGGUAAUGCAAUUUGGCAGAAUUGAUGGGAAUGCUUACACGCUGGAUUUCCAGUAUCCUUUCUCAGCCCUCCAGGCUUUUGCUGUGGCUCUUGCAAAUGUUACGCAGCGACUUAAGUAAAAGGCAAAAUUAAACGUAAAUUAGGUACUUAAUUAACAUUUUCUUUUCCUCAAAAUACGCAAAGAAAAAAAUCCAGAAAAAUGCUUUGAAAAAUUCAAAAGAAAAAAAAAGUAAUGAAAGAUCUGUAAAAGGAUGAUAAAAUCCAAUUUAAUACUCCUUACCUACUAUUUUAUCUCUAUCUCUCUCUGUUUCUAUACGUGUCUAAUAUUAAAAUAGAUGAAAAAAAAGUGUUUAAGCGCGAUUGAAUAUUUAGCAGAAGAAGAAAAAAAAUGUAAUCGUUAAAUGUUUUUUCUUAGAUGUUCAUUCUCGGCUCUACCUUAGAGGAGAGAGCUCUAUGUGCAAUAUGUUUUUUUUCUCUAUAUACUAACCCUCUCUAUCUAGUCUGUUUCGCUUAGAGAAACUUUGUUAAAUUGAUAGACUUUUUAGCCAAACCAAAGAAUGUUUAUUUUUUUCUUAAUUUUUUUUUACAAAUUAUUUUGUUAGUUUGCCCCUUAGAACUUUUUUGUUUUAAAAUUAUUACAUUUGUACUUAAAUUCUAUGGACUUAUUUACAAUCUCACUACAUUAUUGUGGAACUGUGUGUGUGAUUGAUAAAAAGAAAAAAUGUAUAGACUUAAUUAAUUAAAAAAAGAACAAGAUUAAGGAGGAAACUUGUGGUAGCUGUGAUUCUUAAGAACACCCUAAAUUCAAACAUUGAAAAUUGAUUUUUUCUUAGGUUUGUUUUAUGAAUUUAAACAAAAAUCUGUCUAAUUUUAGGAAAAUUAUUUAUUUUAUUUAUUUCUCGAUAAUUUCUUCUGAUUUUACUUAAUACCUUUACAUAAAUACCUUCAUGGCUACACCUGCACGUUUAAUGUUAAAAAUAGAAGAAGAAGAAAUUAAACUUAUUAACGACUGAAUAUUUAAAAAGGAAAAACAACUGAUUGGUACGAAUGCGAUAAAAGAAUAAAAAAUUUUAUCACAUAUCAAAACAAAAACCCAGGGGCUAGAUUUUUGUGCUAAUGAAAAAGAUUUUGUGAGCUUAGUCAGAUUUAGCUUAAUAAAUUUAGAAAACCGUCAGUAUAUUUCUAAUACAGAAUACUUAAAAAAAAUAGAUUAAAAAAUUAGAUAAUAAAACGCAAUCUUUAUUUUAUUUAUCGAGUAAAAAGAAGAAAAUCAUGUGGAUUCCAUCCUUAAAUGUCCAAGAAUACUUAAGCAGGCGUAUUCUUAAUUUGUUUAACGGAACCAAAAGAUGUAGCAAAAAUAUUAAUGUAAUGCUAAACACACAAAUUAAUGGAAAAAUAAUAUAAAUUAUUUCGCAUGAAAAA